CCCAAUUCGCUGCUUCUUGUGCGUUUUGUUGUUGCUCAAGGCUUUUUUGCCCAUUCUUUCGCUCAUUACCCCCGUCCUGCUGGCUUUGCCUUGGUCGCCAGGUUCUUGUUUUUGUUAUACCUUUAUUCUUGAAUACCAAUGCGCCGUGCUCGAUAGGAAGACGCGCGACAUUUACCACCUUUCCAAACCAUAAUAUCAAGACGCGCCAGUUUCCGGACAAGAGGCAUAUUGGCGAGUGACAGGAAUCAAGGGACGAUGUCCUUGACCGGGACAAACUCCUUCGGGAGCUAUGAUCGGACGGCCCAGAAUUCCGGCCUGCCAGCGAUCGCAAGGCAAACGACGCACGAGGAGACCGAGGAUGCCACCGCCUCUUCGCAUGUUGCUGGAGGGUCGUCUCCUUCGCGCCACGACGAUGUCACCAGGACACGCGCCACGUCCGUGACCGAGGUCGCCGACAGCGACGCGGGCCACAACGAGAAGGGCGCUCUGGACAAGAUGAGUCGCGAGGACGAGGACGACGACGCGAUCGAGGAGGACCGUCGCCAUACGCUGGUCCAGGCCCUGGCCAGGCAGUAUACUUCUCAGUCGCAUGCCGGCGAGACCAAGCCUGGUACAAACGUUUUUGUGGAUUCGUUGAAAGACGAGUCGUCACCGUUGAACCCCAAUGGCCCUAACUUCAGCGCCAAGGCCUGGGCCAGGGCUGUCGUUGCCAUGGUUUCGGGUCAGGGGCACCAGUUUCGCACGACCGGAGUCGCUUUCCAGCAUCUCAACGUGUUUGGUUUUGGCACCCCGACCGACUACCAGAAGGAUUUCUUGAACAUCUGGCUCGAGGGCAUUGGCAUGGUUCGCCGGCUUCUCGGCAACCAGAAGCGCCGUAUCGAUAUCUUGCGCGACUUUGACGGCCUCGUUCGUAAGGGUGAGAUGCUCGUUGUCCUUGGACCCCCAGGGUCGGGCUGCAGCACUCUCCUGAAGACCAUUGCUGGCGACUUCAAUGGCAUAUUUGUUGACGACGACUCUUACUUCAACUACCAGGGUAUGACCGCCAAGGAAAUGCACACCAACCACCGGGGUGAGGCCAUUUACACUGCCGAAGUCGAUACCCAUUUCCCUCAGUUGUCGGUGGGAGACACCUUGACGUUUGCCGCUCGCGCCAGGGCCCCGCGCUAUCUGCCAGAGGGCGUCACCUCGGCCAUGUUUUCUAAUCAUCUUCGUGAUGUUGUUAUGGCCAUGUAUGGCAUCAGCCACACGGUUGACACGCGUGUGGGCAACGAGUACAUCCGUGGUGUCUCGGGCGGCGAGAGGAAGCGGGUUACCAUCUCGGAAGCCACUCUCUCUGGCGCUCCUCUACAGUGCUGGGAUAACAGCACCCGAGGUCUGGACAGCGCCAACGCGCUUGAGUUUUGCAAGACUCUCAGACUUAGCACCGAGCUCUUCGAGAGCACGGCCUGUGUCUCCAUCUAUCAGUCGUCGCAGAGCGCCUACGACCUCUUCGACAAGGCCAUAGUGCUAUACGAGGGACGUCAAAUCUUCUUUGGAAGAGCCGACCAGGCCAGGCAGUACUUCAUCGAUUUGGGAUUCGACUGCCCUGCGCGCGCGACGACACCAGAUUUCCUAACGUCCAUGACCAGCCCGAUCGAGCGCAUUGUGCGACCUGGUUUUGAGGGCAAAGCCCCACGCACCCCCGACGAAUUCGCCGCGGCGUGGAAGAACAGUGCCCAUUAUAAGGCCCUCCAAGCUGAAAUCGAGGAGUACAAGGUCGGCCAUCCCAUCAAUGGGCCCGAUGCCGUUGCUUUCCGUGACUCGAGGAAGGCUCAGCAGGCAAAGGGGCAGCGGGCCAAGUCGCCCUUUACGCUCUCCUAUAUCCAGCAGAUUGAACUGUGUCUGUGGCGAGGCUGGAGGCGCCUGGUUGGAGACCCCAGUCUAACCCUCGGCGCCCUCAUUGGCAACUUCAUCAUGGCCUUGAUCAUCUCCAGUGUCUUCUUCAACCUCCAGCCGACCACUGCUAGUUUCUUCCAGCGUGGUGCAUUGCUGUUUUUCGCCUGCCUCAUGAACGCCUUCGCCAGCGCCCUCGAGAUCUUGAUCCUUUACGCACAACGCCCCAUUGUUGAGAAGCAUGACCGUUACGCCCUCUACCACCCUUCCGCCGAAGCCGUCGCCUCAAUGUUGGUCGACAUGCCCUACAAAAUCUUGAAUUGUUUGACAUUCAAUCUUACGCUGUACUUCAUGACGGGCCUUCGUCGCGAGCCGGGCGCCUUCUUCUUCUUUCUGUUGAUAUCCUUUGUCACCGUCUUGACCAUGUCGAUGAUGUUCAGAACCAUCGCCAGCACGUCCCGCACUUUGUCGCAAGCCAUGGUUCCGGCGGCCAUCAUUAUUCUGGACCUCAUCAUCUUCACCGGCUUCGCUAUUCCCAUUGAUUACAUGCUUGGGUGGUGUCGAUGGCUCAACUACCUUGACCCUCUGGCUUAUGCCUUCGAGGCACUCAUGGUCAACGAGUUCCACAACCGGGACUUUACCUGCACCCAGUAUGUCCCGAGCCCCUUGGUUCCCGGCUAUGAGGAUGUGGGCGAUCUCAACCGUGUUUGCUCUGCCAUUGGCUCGGUUGCUGGUUCUGGCGUCGUGAAUGGCGACGCCUACCUAAACACGGGCUUCUCAUAUUUGAAUGAUCACAAAUGGCGCGAUUUUGGCCUCAUCCUGGUCUUUAUGGCUGGAUUCCUCGCCAUGUACAUCCUGGCUGCAGAGAAUGUGUCAGCCAAGAAGAGCAGAGGCGAAGUUCUUGUCUUCCGUCGCGGCCACAAGCCGGCCUCGUUCAAGGAGAACAAGGGCGAUGCCGAAUCUGGCGGUACCCCCGUGGUCGGACCUAUCAUCAACGAGGACAUCAAUGGCGGUAACGCAUCUGACGGUGUUCUGCAGAGACAGACAAGUGUUUUCCACUGGAGCAAUGUGUGCUACGAGGUCAAGAUCAAGGGGGAGCCGCGGCAGAUUCUCGAUCGCGUCGACGGCUGGGUCAAGCCAGGCACCCUGACCGCUUUGAUGGGCGUGUCUGGUGCUGGCAAGACCACUCUUCUGGACUGCCUUGCCGACCGGACAUCAAUGGGCGUAAUCACUGGCGAGAUGCUCGUCGACGGCUCCCCUAGGGACACGUCAUUCCAACGCAAGACCGGUUAUGUUCAGCAACAAGAUCUCCAUCUCCAAACGACGACUGUCCGGGAGGCCCUGAACUUCAGUGCCCUGCUGCGCCAGCCUGCUCAUGUCCCGCGCCAAGAGAAGCUUGAUUAUGUUGAAGAAGUCAUCAAGCUGCUGGAGAUGGAGGAAUACGCUGAUGCCAUUAUCGGAGUUCCCGGCGAAGGUCUGAACGUCGAGCAGCGCAAACGUUUGACUAUCGGUGUUGAGCUGGCCGCGAAGCCGCCUUUGCUCCUUUUCGUUGACGAGCCGACUUCUGGUCUCGACAGUCAGACCUCAUGGGCCAUUCUGGACUUGCUGGAAAAACUCACCAAGAGCGGCCAAGCUAUACUGUGCACCAUCCACCAACCUUCUGCUAUGCUCUUUCAGCGCUUCGACAGGCUCUUGUUUUUGGCCAAGGGUGGCAAGACGGUCUAUUACGGCGACAUUGGCGAGAACUCUAAAACCAUGACAUCUUACUUCGAACGCCACUCUGGACUUACCUGCCCGGCCGAGGCCAACCCGGCUGAAUGGAUGCUUGAGGUCAUUGGUGCCGCUCCCGGAUCCACAACCGACCUCGACUGGUACAACACUUGGCGCGAAAGCGCUGAGUACGAGGCUACCCAACAGGAGCUGCAGCGCCUCAAAGCGGAUGCGAAAGAAGCGACGGUCUUGUCCGAUGACAAGGGCAGCUACCGCGAAUUCGCAGCCCCAUUCUUGUCACAGCUCCGCGAGGUCACAUAUCGCGUAUUCCAGCAGUACUGGCGCACACCGUCUUACAUUUACUCGAAGAUGGCUUUGUGCGUCCUUGUUGCUCUCUUCAUUGGUUUCGUUUUUUUCAACGCCCCGAACACGAUCCAAGGCCUCCAGAACCAAAUGUUCGCAAUUUUCAACUUGUUGACGGUCUUUGGCCAGCUUGUGCAACAGACCAUGCCUCACUUCGUCAUUCAGCGUGCUCUUUAUGAGGUUCGCGAGCGCCCCUCCAAAGUUUAUGGCUGGAAGGUCUUCAUGCUGUCGCAGAUCAUCGUCGAGCUCCCGUGGAACAUUUUAAUGGCUGCUCUCAUGUUCUUUUCCUGGUACUACCCCGUCGGCCUCCAUCACAAUGCAGCGGCGGCGGACCAAGUUGUCGAACGUGGUGGACUCAUGUUCUUGCUCCUUGUCGCCUUCCUCUUGUUCACGUCGACUUUUACCGAUUUCAUCAUUGCGGGUUUCGAGACGGCCGAGGCAGGUGGCAACAUUGCUAACUUGCUCUUCACGCUCUGCCUCAUUUUUUGCGGUGUCCUCGCCAACCCUGAUACUCUCCCGCGUUUCUGGAUCUUCAUGUACCGUCUCAGCCCCUUCACCUACCUGGUCAGCGCUAUGUUAUCUACCGGUGUCGCAAACACCGAGGUUAGGUGUGCUGCGAAUGAGUAUCUCAAGUUCGAGCCGCUAAACGGCACCUGUGGCGAAUACUUCGAUAAAUACAUCACCGCUACCGGAGGCUACCUUCUGGAUCCCUCCAACCUCAAGGAGUGCGCUUACUGCGCCAUUAACAACACGAACCAAUUUCUGUUGAGUGUGAACGCCGAUUAUGCCGAUAGGUGGCGCAACUUUGGAAUCAUGUUCGCGUUCAUCAUCUUCAAUGUCUUUGCUGCCCUUGCGGUUUACUGGAUCGUCCGAGUACCCAAGAACAAGCUGGGCGGCAAGAAGAAGAAGGAGUAGACAUUCUUGGAAUGGUCUCAUUGGAAAGUGGAGGCCACGCCCUUCCGAGUUUUUUGCUCGGAAUGAGUGCGAUUUCGCUUGCA